AGAAACGAUGGUGAAGGCAACGAAGGCGCCCAAGGCCGAUGUGGUCACCAGACUCUACACGAUCAAUCUUCACAAGCGUCUGCACAAGAUCACCUUCAAGGAGAGGGCCCCUCGUGCCAUUCGGGAGAUCAAGAAGUUCGCAAUUAAGGCGCUAGGGACCAAGGACGUCCGCGUCGAUGCCAGCCUCAACAAAUACAUCUGGAAGCAAGGCAUCCGGAACGUUCCCUACCGAGUGCGAGUCAAGCUGGCUCGGCGGCGCAAUGAGGAUGAGGAGGCCGCUGAGAAGCUCUACACGCUGGUGACCCUUGUAGAGGUGGACAGCUUCAAGGGGCUGCAGAAUACCUCGGUGGAUGAGUAGGACGGUUUUGAGCACAAAAAGGGGGUGGGGAGUAGGGGGGGGCAUAGGGAAAUGCUGAAGGAGGUCGUCCAGACUCUCUGCGUGCGAGAUUUCCUCCUGGAGCGCCGGGCAAGACGGGGAGAAGGGAGGGAGGAGAAGGUCGACGUCCUUGAGUAGGAGAAAAGAAAAUCAAGGCUUCACGGUUCCCGGCUCGAA